AUAAAGUUAAAAGGUUUCCAAAGCUCUUCCAUUUCAGAGAGACACAGAGAGAGAGAGAAAGUGAGUGAUUCUUAGAGAGAGAGAGAGAGAGAGAGAGAGAGAGAAAGAUGUCUUCGUUCGACGCGUACGGCAUCGACGGCGAGGAGAUGAACGUGAACGCUUCGCACGGCCACUUCGUCGACGACGACGGCGGCGACGAUAACUUCACCAGUGGCGGAUACGGAUCCGGAUCCUACUCCAGCUUCCCACCAGCGGGCGGUGACUACUCCGGCUCUUUCCCGUCGGAAGGUAAUGUUUCCAUCGAUCAUGCCUCCGCCUCUCCGGAGAUCUUCGGAUUCGACGAUCCGAACCCUAGUUACUCUCAAUCUCCGUUCAACCCGAUCCACGCGGAGAACGGCAAUGGUUACGGUGUAGGUGAUAACGGCAUCGGAGACGACGUUUUUGUCUCGGACGGGCCGGUGCUUCCGCCGCCGACUGAGAUGGAGCCUGAUGAAGGCUUCGCUCUUCGCGAAUGGAGGCGUCAAAAUGCUAUUCUGCUUGAGGAGAAGGAGAAGAGAGAGAAAGAAAUGAGAAACCAGAUCAUCAUAGAAGCUGAGGAGUAUAUACAAGCGUUUUAUGAGAAAAGGAAGCUUAAUGUUGAGACUAGUAAGGCUGACAACAGAGAAAGGGAGAAGGUAUACUUGGCUACUCAAGAGAAGUUUCAUAAAGAGGCAGACAAACAGUACUGGAAAGCAAUAGCAGAGAUCAUUCCUUACGAGGUCCCCAACAUUGAGAAGAAGAGAGGCAAGAAAGAUCAGGACAAGAAGCCCUCAGUCACAGUCAUCCAGGGUCCAAAGCCCGGAAAACCCACGGAUCUUUCAAGAAUGCGCCAAAUACUGGUGAAGCUAAAGCACACACCCCCUCCCCACAUGAUAACACCGCCUCCACCUGCACCUGCCAAGGAUGGCAAAGAUGGGAAGGAAGGAAAAGAUGCUAAAAAUGGAAAAGAUGCAGCAUCAAGUGCCACAACAUCUGCAGCAGCAGGAAAGCCGGAUUUACCAACCAAAGACGCCGCCUCUAAUGGUGCUUCACACACUUCCGAGCAAGAAGUCCCUGUUAAUGCCGAAGAACAGUCUGCAGCAUAACCAUAAUAGCCAUACAACAUCUUUCUUAUUUGUUCUUCUUCACUUUUCUUUGUUUUUCUUCUGAGUCGCUGUUCUAUUUAUUCCCUGAUUCUAAAAUCUUAGUAGUUUGUGUCUUUUACGGAGAAUAAGGAUUCGUACUGGUUGGUUCCAUUUUCUUCAGCUUUGAACUGGGAAGCCUAUUCUCUUGUUGUUUUGUAAUAUGUUGUGAUUGAGAUUGAAAUUUGUCAUUGUUUUCGGCAUUUAUGAUAUUAAUCUUUUUGUACUAA